UUGUCAUGCAUGGCAACCCUGGUGGGCUCUGUAUGUGUUCAUUGGUUGUUAUGUUUGGUUUUCGAUUCAAGCAAACAUCCUUGUUCUUGUGCGUUUAAAACGAAUCCAAAUGGAUGCCGAGGUCGAGUGCAACCACAGCGUACCUGAUCUGGUCACCCAUCUGGCGACACUGCUGUGCGCAGAGGAACUAGCUCCGCAUAGGCCAACAGCUGCUGCUGUAGCGAAGAAGCGCUCCAGGAUAUACGAGGCCUUGUUCCUGAGCGGCACCAUGCCCACUCAGAGUAAGCUGGACUUGUUCAAUAAGGUCAGCCGCGAGCUAGAGGUUGAAUGCAAGCAUCGGAAGAACUUUAAGGACCUGCAGGUUCUAUUGGAAAACAGGACUUUGGAGGAAUCUGUGAAAAUCGAGGAUGCGGAGAACGACCUGGUUAAGAAGAAUAUCAGGGUGCUCAGACCAGGACCCCUGCGACUGGUUGCAUCCUAUGUGCCCGAUCCUGCACAGGUGUUGAUGGAAAAUCAGUUCCCAAACGUGUUCAAGUCCGUGGACCAAAUGCGGCGGGCACUUAAACCGAUUCAAUUGAAACCCUACACCGAUUUCCUCCAGACCAAUCCAAUAUCCAUGCCGGAGCCGUUUAGAGUAAAGUUUCAGAAUCAGAAAACAUCGCGGUUCUCGGGCAUUGCUGAAUCCAUGUCGCGCAUACGGGCCACUAAAGACCAUCCUCCACCGUUUUCCCUUCGAAUGCCGGUUCUUAAAAAACCGAAAUCUUCUGCCCUGGAUAACCAGGAAUUUAUCUGCGAUGCAGAGCCACAAAAGAUCUUUGUAUCUGAUCAUAUGCUGACAAAUGACUUGAUGCUUUAUGCCAAUAAAGAUCUAGUCCUCAACUACAUCCAGGAAUCUAUCCUGGUGGAACACUUAAAAAAGGCUGCAGCUGGCCUUCAGUCGGAAACAAUUACCAUUUCUCCGGAAGACUCAGAGCUGCUGGUAAUCCAGCCCCAAAUCACUUUGCGAACUGUGUUGCCAGAAGUGGUGGCGGGAUUUGCGGAACCCUUCCUGGGUUCAGGGCGAGCCUUCCGGCGCUUAAAUGCCCGCGUCCGAGGCAGCAAUCAUUUGGUGACACGACUGGAGAGGCCCGUCACCCGGGCCCUCCGCGAAGCUUUGGUGGAAUUUCUUUCAAACAGCCGGGAGUUCCUGCUUUCCCUUAACGCCAACAGUAUCACCCAACUGCUCUCUUAUAGCCGCCCUGCUAUGCUGCUGCUCCAGCACUUGGAUAAAAUGUUCUCCCAUGAACCGAGACUCACUUUUGAUGGGGAAGUUACUGGCCCGUUUCUACUGAGCUGCAUUUGGUCGGCCAUUGAUAAUUGCUGCAACAGCAACUUCCUGCAACUGCUCAUCUACAUGCUGCGCUCCAUUUGCCAGACCUACUUCGUCCAGCUGAAGAGGUGGCUCUUUCAUGGAGAGCUGGAUGAGACCAUGAACGAAACAUUUAUUACCCGCAGUCUUAAUCAUUCGCAGACGGUGUUUGACGAGUGCAGCAAGGAGUUCUUCGAUCGGGGCUAUAUGGUUAUCAAGGAAUCCGUUCCGAAUUUUUUGAGUGGCUGCGAAGAUGACAUUUUCCAGUGUGGAAAGUACAAUCAAGUGCUUAAAUCCUACAAUGCUCAGCACCCCGUGUUCGACGUGGAGCUUCCGGAAAUAGUCGUCUGCCUAGAAGAACAGCAACUGAAGGAGAUGCGCCGGAACCUAGCGGAGAAAUACUCGGCCAUUUAUCAACGCUUUGGAUGGUGCAGCAUGCAGAGCAUUUUUGAGGAGCGCAUAGCUGCCAAACGGAGCUUUAAAAACCUAAUGGUAGAACGAACAAAAGCUCACUUGGCUGCCUGGGAGGAAAACCAGCGGCUACUCCUGCUUGAGGCGAACGCCCAAAAGAAACUGCGCUACGAGGAGCUCAAUGCCCAGCAGGAGCUGCAGGAGAACAUUCGUUUAGAGCGUCGCCGCCAGGAAAUCGUCCAAGAGCUAGCGUUCCAAGCCGAAUGCAAUCGGUUGGAAGAGCUUACACUGGAACAGGAAAAACAUGAGCUAGAGAAGACAGUGGCUCAGCUCCAGGACGAGUUAAAAUCAGAAAAAGAUUCCCAUGAGAGGGGCAGUCCCGAUCCCAGCAUAAAUAGUGAUCGUAGUUUCGUAUCCUGCCAGGAAGGACCGGAUUCCCAUCAAAACUCUUCCAUCGAAAAUAACGAUGAAGGCUUAGAUAAGGAGCAGGAAGCGACGGAUGAAAUAGCGUCUCAAUUUUCGUCAACCGGUGUUCAGUACCAGCGCACAAUGUCGGAUGUGGUGAACUCCAAUGAGCAGCCCAUACCCCAAACGGAGCUGAGUCGCAAUCGUCAGAAUAUGCAUUCCUCGGAGCAGUUCCAGGAGUGCCAGACCUGGGUCAAGCUCAAUCAGCAACCAAAGAGUCAGAAUACGGAAUCAGGACCCGUUUCAGGGUUUUAUGCUCCACUGCCCUCCGAUCUGAACGCAAACGUACCGGAGAAGCUAAGCGAACUGCAACUCAACCGACUACGGAUGACACAUCAUGAUGCCUUCGAUAGCUAUAACUGCACCGAGGAUGAGCACACCAAGCGAAUGCAGAUUAGCUUGGCGUCGGAUACGGAGAGAGCUCGGAAUCGGCGGAGGGUAAUGAAUAGCGAGUACAAUAUUAUCCUGGGCCAGGACUGGACCAAAAGGACCAAUACCUUGAGCCUCCCCCUGGAAAGCAACAAGUUGCAUGUGGAUGUGCCGUUAGCCGUGCUCACCCCCAUGUCCACAACCUCUGAUGUGGACAUUGGAAGUCAAACACCCACCAAAGACACUUCCGAUUCAUCCAACAAAGACGAAACAAACAAUAAUAAUCAUGAAAUUGAAAGCCAAAACUCAUCCGUAGCACAGGAAAAUGUUUCUAGUUGCUUGGAGCGGGUCGCGGCCAGCUUUAAACCCACUUUCCUGCUGCCCACCCAUGGAAACUUAACAAGCAUACGGCAAAAACAAACGAAGGAAUCACCCAAAGAACCUAGUUUCUCAAAGAUACCAAAAAAUUGCAAUCCUUUCAUGAUCCGCCGAUGCCUGCAACUCUCCGUGAUGGCUCCUGUCAAUGCCCACUAUGCCCUUCUUCGCAAUGAGGUGUUGCGGAUCUUCCACGAGCUCCGUAUCUACGAUCAUUUCCGAAAACUCAGGAACUACUUUUUCCUGCUGGAUGGCCAUUUCGGAACAGUUCUAACUUGUGAUAUCCUUGGAAGGAUCAAAGCGGGCGUUGAUCCACGCAGUUUGUGCCAAAAGGGCAUACUAGAUGCUAUUCUGAGUAAUGCUUUAGCUUCCUGCUCGGAUGAGAUUACCGUGGCCCAGAAUCUUACUCUGAACUGCUCCACGAUACCAGAAUCUCUGAAUCUGCUGUCAGUGGAAGCCACUUCCAUGCUGAUGCUGAACUGCAAGGUGGACUGGCCGUUGAAUCUGGUGAUCAGCCCUGAAACGAUUGCUAAGUAUGGUCAAGUGUUUGGAUAUUUGCUGAAGCUACGCCAUGUUUGCUAUGUCAUCGAGGGAACCUAUGACUACCUGCAGCAGAUGGGGAAGCUGCUUGGCCCAGAACUCAGGACAGCGUCCCAUUUCCGACAACUGCAGAUGGCUCGGCACAAAUUGGCACAUUUUUUAACAUCACUGCAGACGCAUUUGGUAGCCAAGGCGCUGCAGGGCUCCUGGCAGAAGUUUAAGGAACAGCUGUGUACCGUGAACUCCAUUGAGGGUCUCUACCAGGAGCACGUCAUGUAUCUGAAGCGGGUGGCCUUUUUGGCCCACUUAAAUCGUCGUAGUGCCAAGGUCAAGGAAACCAUAGACAAAAUGCUAAUUAUUAUUUUACGCUUCUGCAAGGUUCUUCAAUCAGAGUCAUUCCUAAUGGAUAAUAAUAAUGUCUUUAUUCACCCCCGAUUCAAGCGCCUUCUGCAGGAAGAGGCCGAGUUUGAGAAGUUCAUGCUAUACCUAAUCUACUUGGGCAACAAGGCGGCCAAGUCCGGUUAUCAGGAGGAAAUCGGUGACCUGAUAACCGUUAUCAACUUUAACAAGUACUACAAAGUAGCUGAAAAGGAUGCCGUGUCUUAAAAGGAAUCGAGGAUCAUUUUGCAUUGUUAGGGAAUCUCUGUUACCAUAAAUAUGCUCUUAGUAAUAUUGCUUAACGAUAGGUAUUGAAGCAUUAUUUGCUCUUGUUGGCAAAAUAAUUUUUAAAAGAGUCGAACUUUUUUAUUCCACGAAAGGAUUUUAAAUCCAGGAGGAUAUUUUAGAGAAUACGAAGUAUAAUGUUGCGUAUUUUAAUGGUCCAAAGUCGCCCAUCAUAAACGGUAUUAAAAGUUUAUCAAAACUAGAUAAAUUUAUUUUUAAAAUCGAUGUAAAUUCAUUGUACCUAAUUGUAAAAAAUAAUUGUUUUUAAUAUUUUCCAUAGAUAGGAAAAUAAUUUACAAAACUAUCCUUCGAAAUGCUUGCUUGAGCUCAUAAAUAAAUACAUAAAUCAAUUAAAUAUAAUUUUAAAAAUUAAAUCUAUUUGGUAAUUGUUUAUUUUGAAUUUUUACAUUAAAGAAUUUUGUUCAUUUGGAAACAUACAAA